AUGAUUGCUACUGGAAACAUUGUUCUUAGACUGCAGCUGGAACAUGGACUGGCUGUUGAGAGAUUGUAUACUGGUUCAUCUAUGACCUUUCUAAACAUGGCAGGAUUUUCGAUAAGUCAACAGAGUGCAAGUAUUGAUAAACUUAUGGCUUUCAUGGCAUCAAGAGAAGGUCCCAAGGCUAGUGUUUCGAGUUAUUGCAUAUUUCUUGAUUCUUCUGUCCUUACAUGGAAGUCCAAGAAGCAUGCAGCUGUAUCUCGAUCUAGCACAGAGGCAGAACUUCGAGCACUUGCUACUACCACCUCAGAAAUUAUAUGGCUUCGAUGGCUGUUAGCCGAUUUUGGUGUUCCAUGUGAUGAUCCUACACCUUUUCUUUAUGAUAAUACUGGAGCAAUUCAAAUUGCCAAUGAUCCAGUAAAGCAUGAACUUACAGAAAUACAUUGGUGA